AUGCCACACGCGACAAGCGAAACAGAUGCUCCUGGGGACAACCCACGUCGGAUUGUCUUGUGUUUCGACGGCACAGGCAACCAGUUCCAAGGAAAUGAAUCAGACACAAAUAUCAUGAAGAUUUAUCAAAUGCUGGAUCGACACGCUCCAAAUCAAUUUCACUAUUACCAACCCGGUAUCGGGACCUACGUCAAAGGCCAGUCCUCCAGCUCUGGACUGGUUCGAUUCUGGCCCAAGAUCAAAUCCAAGAUCAUCAGCGCUGUUGAUCAAGCAGUUGGCUCAUCGUUUAGCGAUCAUGUCCUUGCCGGCUAUCGUUUUCUCAUGCGUUACUAUUCUGAAGGUGAUCAUAUCUACAUCUUUGGAUUCUCCCGUGGUGCCUACACUGCACGAUUCCUCGCGGAGAUGGUUCAUGAAUUGGGUCUUCUGUCCAGAGGAAAUGAGGAAAUGGUUCAUUUCGCCUGGGAGACAUUCAGCAACUAUGAACAAUCCCGCGGCAAUGUUCCUCAGACCGAAAAGGAUCGGGAGCUGAAUGAGUUCAUGAAGAAGUUCAAGAGAACCUUUUGCCGACUGGGCGUGGGUAUACACUUCCUUGGCUUGUUCGACUGUGUCAAUAGUGUGGGUCAGUUUGAGAUCCCCUUUUUUCGCACGUCAUAUCGAUACAUCGCGACGCCCGCCGCCAAGUACAUUCGACACGCAGUGUCUAUCCAUGAGAGACGGCUGAAGUUCAAGCCCGCCCUCUACAUGAUGGACAAGAAUGGGCUCAAUUCCGACUUCAAGGAAGUGUGGUUUGCGGGGAACCACAGCGAUGUGGGCGGUGGAUACAAUCUCCAGAAAGGCCAGAAACAUUUGCUUUCUGAUACACCAUUGAAUUGGAUGGUCCAGGAAGUUCUGCACCUGGAAGGCUCGGAAAGUAAGCUGGAAUUUCAAACGACUAAUGUCGAAGAUGUCUUGAGAGCUGAAAGCGUGUUUCCCGGGAAGGAGGAGCCGGGGACCAAUGCGUGGGAAGUCAGGCGUCACACUAAUCAGCCACAUGAUUGUCUCUGGUUCGGGCAUGCAUCGGCUUUCUUGAUGGUUAUCUUCUGGUGGAUCCUCGGUAUGCACCCUUUUACUCCCCACCUUCUGUUCCUUUCUUUCUUUUCCUUUCUUCUUUUUCUUUGCGUUGUGACUAUACUGAAUGAAGACCUGGCAGAGAUACUACCUAUCUUCACCCGAUUAGAACUGGAGAAAGGAGAGUGGGUUCCCAGAAGGUUUCCACCCAACUUGGGAGCCCCGCGGGAUAUUCCAGUCGAAGCCAAGAUCCAUUCGAGUGUGAACGAGAUGGUCAAAGCGGGGAUUCUAGACAAAGAGUCAAUCCCCAAGAAGGGUGGCGACAAUCCCAAUCUGCCCAACCCCGCAAGUGUCGUUUCGACUUUGAAGAGGGCCAGGAAAAGCCUGGCGCGCCCAAAAGCACCUCCCGAGGAUUCCGUAGCUGAGGGCCCUGGCAAUGAUGCGCACAAGGUGCAUGAGAAUGGAUCGAUGAAGGGGAUCAAAGGAGUGCAUAAAGGGAAGGGGGUCAAUGGUGUGAAUGGAGUGCAUGAACUGAAUAGCGUAAAUGACGUGAACGGGAAAGGUCUGAAUGGGGCUGUGGAGAGCUGA